UUUCCACGAACAGUGAUAUUGUAACUCUCGUCUUCCGAUAUCUCAAAUUUAAACGUAGUAAUUCAAUAAAGCAAUGAUCCCCUACCCCCGUGCUUCCUUUAGAUCUUGGUUAUCCGGACGAGAUGUGAAACGUUGUCGAACAAGCAACUAGCGCCGGCGGCGGGCGUCAGGGAAUGUGCCUAGUUGGAAGGCUCGCUUCUGAUCAGGCGCCUCUUGAAGACGGGAAGUGCCGUGGCGCAAAGGGGGCGCGCGACAUACAUGUGCAACGUGUCGCCGCGUCGUCACCACCUCGGCGUCAACCUGGGAUGAAGCUGUCUCGUGCUGUAAACAAAGAAACGUACUGCGCGAUGUCGAGUGUGAGAAUCAGGAUGCAGGACUCGAGCGUACUGUACGCGCGACCUUGGCGUUCACCGAGGCGGCUGCUGGCGACCACCAACAGUCGGAAGCAGCGAACGAGGUAUCGACAAUCCAUCCUUGGCCGCAUGCGAUUUCCACAUUGCUGCUGUCAUCGUGGCACUGACUGUAUUUCACCAAUUCCAGCACACAGAGCAAUGUCGAAUAUACACACCUCCACGAACUGCACGAAUUUUUUUGUGCCAGAGCACAAAUACCGACGGAUUCUUGGUUCACCGAGAUCGACACUGGCACAGCGACGUCCCAAGACGAUCGACCGAGUCAAAUCCUCUUAUCCUCCAGCAGGAGUGCACACGUGCCAUGCGCCGUCGGAGGAGUCUUCCUGACCUUGGCUGCGAUAGGUCACGCGUGGAGAAAGCCAAGUUUAUCGGUGACCACAGGAACUAUGUAAUGUGGUGAAAUACGUAAAAUACUACUAAUAAUUUGAUUGGAUAAAUUAUUACUACAA